UUUUAGCAUGAAACAUGUUUAUUCAGUGGAUUCUUGUGGAGCUGCAGUACAGAGAUGAACAUAAUAUGAACAUCACAGACUUUGAAAAACUCUUGAAGCUCUUCAACAAGGAUGAUAAAUUUGCAAGAAAAGUGUCGUGUUCCCCAUUUCACUGCAGUCAAAACAAAAGUGAAACAUAACUCGUCAAACAAGUUGUGACGCAGAGAGCACAAAGAGCAGCAGAGAAUCAAAGUGCGACACAAAACCUGCCAUUAAACUGAAUAAUCUGCACUUCUUUUCAUCAUGGAUGGGUCAAAUGAAAGAAGGAUUGUCCUGCUGGGAAAAACAGGCUCUGGGAAGAGCAGCCUGGGAAACACCAUACUGGGAGACAGCCUGCUGAAGGUGAAACUGUCUCCAGAGUCCGAAACAAGUGAAUGUCAAACAGAAACCAAAACUGUUGGUGGCGUACGCACCACUGUGGUUGACACUCCUGGCUUCUUUGAUACAAACAUGUCUGAAGAGGAGCUGAAGCUUGAGGUAGUGAAAUGUAUUAAAGAGUGUGCUCCAGGGCCUCAUGCUUUUCUCAUCGUGCUCCAGUUGGGAAGAUACUCAGAUCAGGAGAAAGAGGUCAUCAAGAAAAUGCUUGAAUGUUUCUCAGAGGAAGCUCUGAAGCACGCUGUGAUUGUCUUCACACAUGGUGAUGACCUCCCUGAAGGAAUGAAAAUCAAGGAUUUUGUUUGUAAAAGUAAAGAUCUGAGUGAUCUGGUGAAGCAGUGUGGUGGCCGGUGUCAUGUUUUUGAUAAUAAACGCUGGAACAACACCAAUCACGGUGACUACAGGAGUAACCAGUUCCAAGUGAAGCAGCUUCUCAAGGCUGUCGAUGAGAUCAAAAACAGCAGAGGCUGCUACACCAAUGAAAUGCUUCAGGCAGUGAAGAAAAAUCAGUGGAACAUUGAAAUGCUUCUGAAAAUUUUAGCUGGUUGCACUGUAGGAGCAGUGCUGGGAGCACUCUUUGGUGCCAAUAAAUCAGUUUGGAGUGCAGUCAUUGGAGGAAUAGCUGGAGGUGGUGUUGGUGGUGCUGUUGGAUACAGUUCAUCAACAGUACUGGAAGCUGUGACGAAUACCAUUGACACUGGAAUGAAAUUAAUAACAACCAUUGAAACUUUUGACAGUGGAACCUCAAAGAAGGGUUCACCCAGAAAAGAUGAGUAAUUCUGGAUAGGUUGAAUUAUUUGUCUGUAAUCUCUGGUGUGUAAAUGAAGGAAAGGUUUGGAUUUAGAAAGGAAUGGUGGUCAGCGCUACACAAAGAUUUAUCCUCUUCAUCAGAUAAAGCUGUCAAUCACAAUCCACUCAUCCCAGCUGGGCCAGGAUCUGUAUGAUAUGUAUUUUACCAAAUGUUUAUCAGUUCUCUUUCUCAAUUUGAGUUUGAUAUGUUUGAUUUUCAAACUGCCAAAACCGACAUCAGAAAUCACACUUUAACUGAAACCAGUUUAUUUUGCUUGUAUGUUGUACAUCCACUAAAGUCAGGCUCAUGAUGGAGAAGAAUUUCACCACUUGUAUCGUUGCUGUCACUUUCUUUAAAGUUGAGUUAGUGAACGAGUUGCAGAUUUAAACCCUCUUUGCUGUAAGUUGGUGGUUUCACGGCUGUUUUCUUUACUUGUUUGACACAGUCUAAAUCAGUUCUGGCUCUUAUUAACUGUUUGAGUGUUUCUCUUUUUUUCUUUCUGUUGUCAAUAAUAGAUUUUGGCUCUCAGCCUGCUGCACUGACAAUCUCUUACUGUAAUGAUCUUAGUGUCUGUAUGGAGCCUAUCUCCUGGGCGGGCCAGUCUAAAUGAACAUUUGCACAAACAUCGUCACACAUACAGUGAUUAUUACCAUCUAUCUGUUUUAUUAGAAAUCCCAAUUAUUUUGAUUUUCAUAUAUAUUAUGCCCCGUUGAUGUUCAUGUGUGUCCUUAAUAUUACACACAUUUAGCACGUAGUGCUGCUGUAUUGUGAACAGUAGGUUGUUGAAUAUUUUUCUUUAAAAUGUAUCUUUUGUCGAGUUUUCAUUACACAAUAGUCACUUUUGCGCCUUGAAUCUUGCACCUGAUUAGAUAUGAUAACUAAAACUAACUGAAUUAGAGGGAAGAAGUAAAAACUAACUAAAACUAAACUAUAAUGUAAAAUCCAAAACUAUUAUGACCCUGGUAAUCACUUAAGAUUUUCCUAUGUCGUGUGUGUUGCGCUUCUUUAUCUUGUAUCUAAACAUGUUACAACCUUUUGCUGUUUAGCAUUAGACCAAGCAUAGAAUUUGUACUGUUUACCUCUGUGUGUGUGUGUGUG